AUGUCAGAGGCAGCAGUAGCCAAAGGGUUUCGUGUCGGGUUUAAACCAAACAUUGAUGGUAUAAUGAAGAAACUCUCUGCUUUUUGCAUUCUCUACUUAUUGGGUUUUGUGGAUGAUCUUAGAUUACGAAUUGUGACUUUGCAUUUCCAAAUGGCGUUGGCAACUAAUGUUCAAGCAACUAGUGAGGCUAUGAGUGAGGCUUUGUAUACAGAGCUAUGGAAUGCUUGUGCUGGACCUCUUGUAACUCUACCCCGCAAAGAGGAGCGAGUUUAUUACUUCCCAGAAGGUCACAUGGAGCAGCUUGAGGCAUUAAUGAAUCAGCCCUUGGAGCAGCAAAUGCCUUCUUUCAACCUUUCAUCUAAGAUUCUCUGUAAAGUGGUUCAUGUCCAGCGCAAGGUACAAGCUGAAACCGAUGAAGUGUUUGCGGAGAUUGCCCUGUUACCACUAGCGGAUCAAAUUGAACCCAUCGUUCCAGAUGUCCCUGUCCCAGACUCAGAAAAUUUUAACAUAGAAUCAUUUUGCAAGACGCUGACUGCUUCUGACACCAGUAAGCAUGGGAGUUUCUCAGUGCUACAGAGGCACGCAGAAGAUUGUUUUCCACCUUUGGUUAUGUCCAAGGAAAACGAAACCCCAUUCCAAGACCUGGUUGUAACUGAUUUGCAUAAAAAGGAAUGGCAUUUUAAGCACAUUUACAGAGGUUGGAACAAAUUCUAUUCAUCAUACACGGCUGCGAAUGGAGACCUCGGAAUCGGUGUCAGGAGGGCUAGGAGACAACAUGCCAAUAUGCCAUCCUCUUUGAUCUCGGCUGAAAGCAUGCAUUUUGGGGUCCUUUCUCUUACUGCUCACUCAAUUAGGACAAUAUCAAGGUUCAAUGUCUUCAUUAAACCGAGGACAAGUAGGUCAGAGUUUGUCGUGAGCGUAAACAAGUAUGUUGAUUCUAAGAACCAGAAGCUCUCUGCGGGGAUGCGUUUCAAGAUGGGAUUCGAGGGAGAGGAUACUCAUGAGAAAAUGUAUGCUGGUACAAUAGCUGGUGUCCAGGAAAAUACUUCUGAGGUUUGGCCCGAAUCUGAAUGGAGAGCACUAAAGGUUCAAUGGGAUGAACCUUCUUCUGUCUUAAGGCCAGAAAGGGUCUCUCAUUGGGAGAUUGAGCUCCUAGCUGGAAACAAUAAUACCCUUUCCCCACAGAGGAACAAAAGAUCAAGGCCUCUUGGUCCAUCUGCUUCCGGCCCUGCAGGAACACCAUCCAGUGUGACAUUGUUCCAUCCUUCUGCACAGACUACGACUUUUGGUAGCUCGACUUCUGCCUUUGUGAAUUAUUCAGUUGUAAAGAAUCAGGCUCAUGGAAAUAGGUGCAGGCUUUUUGGGAUUGAGCUUGUUGAAAAAAAAAAUACCCCUGAGUGUUUCCCUCCUGUCACUGUCUCUGUAGCUGCUGGAGCUGAUCAACUUGCUGUUUCCAACGAGAUUGGCUUUAACCACCAAAUUGAGCCUAUGAUCAACCAAUCUGAUAUUUCUUUGGGAAUUGUUGCUCCAGAGAAAUGA